AUGAAAAAACUUGAUUUAUCUCGGAAUAUUGCUGAAGAAACGUGGAAUACAUGUUGGGAGCUAGUAUCCAAACCCAAUUCUUCUACACAAAAUUUGAAUACAAACUUAUCAAAAUCUUCUAAUGGUUGUAGUGUAUAUUCAGAUACAGAAAUAACAGCUUGUAAAAAACGAACAAAAUCUCCAAAUAUUCAUGGAUGUUCAUCACAAAAUGAUUUAAGAUCAUAUUAUCAGAAUGGAGAUUCAUCUACUAUAAAACAAUCCAAAACAAUUAACGAUUCAAUGUCGUCUACGAAAUUGGAAGAAAAAUAUAAUAAAAAUGAGAAAAAUAUUUAUCCUGUAUGGAGGAAGAUAGAAAUACCAUCAAAAUUAUUUGAUUUUAUGGCAUGUACAAUAAGUCCAACGCUUCCAUUACUACGUUUACAUUAUGAAAUCAUUCAAUUUGGAGAAUUUAUAAAACCAAAAUCUGAAGAAGCUUAUGUACGUCAACAAGUGAUUGAUCGCAUUAAAAAUGUUAUUCAUGUACAUGUCCCAAAUGCAAUCGUUGAUAUUUAUGGCAGUUUUCGUACACAACUUUAUUUACCUCGCAGUGAUCUUGAUCUUCUGGUUUAUUCUGCUGAUCAACGCAUUUGGAAAGAUGAGGAAUUAUAUACAUUAAUGAAAACUUUGAAAGAUGCGUUUUGUAAAUGUGGUAUUAGUACUGAGGAAAAUAUAAAUGUUCUUAAUUAUGCAUCCACACCCAUCAUUAAAUUAGUUGAUAAUGAAACUGAAAUUCGAGUGGAUAUGAGUUUUAAUAUGAACAAUGGUGUACGAAGUGCACACUUGAUUUCAAAAUAUUUAAAAGAAUUUCCAUUAUUACGUUAUCUUGUAUUUGUUUUAAAACAGUAUCUUGUUCAACAUGAUCUCAAUGAAGUUUGGACUGGAGGAAUAAGUUCUUACAGUCUUAUUCUUAUACUAGUCAAUUUCUUUCAACUUCAUUGUAAAUCUGAUAUUGAACAAUUUCAUAUGAAUCUUGGAGAAUUAUUAAUUCGUUUUCUUGAAUUAUAUGGACUUGUUUUUAAUUAUGCAAAAUUCGGUAUUAAAGUACAAACACCCGAUUUAUCAAAUAAACGUAAUGGUUAUAUACCAAAAGAUGAAUUAUUUACAAAAUUUAAUUGUGGGCAUCGAUCCACUGGGCUUUUAUGUAUUGUUGAUCCAUUUAAUGAAAAUAAUGAUAUUGGCAAAGCCUCAUACAAAACAAUUGAAAUAAGAAAUGCAUUUCGAAAUGCAUUUGAUAAAUUACAGAAUGCUGUUAACCCGAUGAACCCCGUAAUUGAUAGCUCACGAAGUAUAUUGGGACAGAUUAUAGUGAUUGCUGAUGAUCUAAUAAAGUAUCGAAAACGAUUACACAGUUAUUUCCAUACUAAACUGGAGCCACAGCUGAUCAUACCAGUCGUACAACCACCAUCAUCAUAUUCUGUGUUUCCCACAAUAGUAAAAAACGAUCAUAUUUCGAACAAUCAGCCAUUGAAAAUAGCAACAACUUUGAUCUCAGAUCACCAACCAUUGCAACCAGAAGCGUCACAGUCACAAACAAAUGGAGAUGAUAUAAAAAGUAUUCCAUCGCUUUAUACAACAAGUACCGAUAGCUCUCGUGCUCAAUCAACGUCUUCAUCAAAUAACACGUCGUCAAGUUCAAGCAUAACAAGUGACUCUGACAAUGAAACUCACGAUGGUUCUCAGCAACGUUUAGAUAAAACUGUCGUUAACUCAUCUUUCUCUAUAAACAGUGAUACUAAUAAAUUAGACGAUCCAAUGAAUAUAAAUAAUGAAACGUCGAGAAUUAAUGAUACAAUGAUCAAUAAACGAAUUUUAAUUAACGGUAGUCGAACAGAUGAUGAUUAUGAAAGUGAAAAAACGCCGACGCCAGUGUUGAGAGAUGCAUCAGAAACACCGACCACAACAGCAGCAGCAGCGAUUACCAACGCAGAAUCAAAUUGUUCUACACUGACUUCUUUGAAUUCGGUGUCACCAUCACCUAUACCAACCUUCAUGAAUAUAGCUGCUGCCACACAAACGAUGGAUGACAAAGGACUAUUUGAAAAACAUGAAAAUUAUCAUUUUCCACCACAAUAUUCUCAAUAUCAAUAUUAUUCGACGAAUACAAACAACAAUUAUUCUUAUUUUAAUAAUAAUAAUAAUCGAAAAUAUUAUCAGAAUGGGGGUGGUGGAAGUGGAAUAGGAGGACGCCGAGAAUCGUCUUAUCACAUUCGUAAACAACAAAUAUCUCGCCGACAUCCAAAAAAUGGUGAAAUACAUCCACAUAGGACUAACAAUUAUUUUCGGCAACAAGAAUCACAAAACAAUAAUCACUAUCACUUCCAAAAUAACUUACCAGAUUUAAUAUCACCCUAUGUUUAUUCUCAAUCACACGCACCGAAUACAGCCGCAUCUUCAACAUCAACAUUGUCAUCUCAACAACGUCUGUCCCAAAAUUACUCUUAUUAA